AUGGGGUGGGGUAUAGCGCAGGAACUCAUUAGUGUCGAACGAGUGUGAGCCGGGCUAUUUACCGUACAGUCACAGUACUCGCAAUUACGCGCUGUUGCGCCGUCGAUAAGGAGGAGUGCCUUGCUCGACCAGGUUUUGGCGGCUGUGUUGCCCGAAGUAGCUCGCCGCACAGCUCUACACAUAUCGGUCCCUAAUUUGGCCACUUUACCCGAACCGGCCUCUCCUCUUGUCGCUCCCUAA